UCAAGCAAUUCGUCAAUGGUGAUCUCACUUUCAGAACAAUGCAGACCUUCUAUGGCUGCUGAUAUCUUCACUUCCAACGGAAACUCAACCAAAAGCACAAAAUCAGCAACAGCAGCCAAAAUUCUCUCUGUCAUGAUGAUUGCGCACAAAGACCUCGUCAACCGCUACGCUUUCUGCCUCCAUCUCCAUCAGCUACGCAAGUUCAUUGAAGAAGCGGAAACUCUUUGUCAGGAGAAGACGAACCUUCAACUCGCAAAUGUAGAUCUGAACAAUCAGGUUAAGCUCCUCAUUCACCAGAACCGGCAUCCGUUUUCGGCGCAAUUCCGUUGUACUUCUUCUCUCUGUGGAAGCUUCAAGAAGAAAAUAGAGAGUGAGCGUUGGAACGAAGGCUUCUCACGUAAGAUUCAGAGUCCGAAGAGAGUAAUUGAGGAAUGUAACAAGGCUGAGAACGACACUACUGCUCGUGUUACUUUGCCGAAGAGUAUCACUAAUGGAUUCCAGAAGUUUGCUGUUGUUAUUAGAAGCAGUUCUGCGACUCGGUUUCGUGCUUCAAGUUCUGCCGCUGGUCCGCCAUCAUCAGACUCGUACUCGGUGCCAUACGAGAUGUCCUCGUCCUCCUCGUCAUCGUCAUCAUCUGAACUUCAUAGCCGCGGCUCUAGUGAAGGAGAAGGCCAAGAAGAAGAAGAGAGGAUUGAAAGUGUUGGUGGGGAAAAUGGUGAAAGGAGAUACCGGCCACAUUGGAGACGCAUUCCUGUUUUUCAGAGAGUUCAUUCAAUUGAUACUGGAUCUCAUGAAGACAAUCUGUUGGCUGAGGUGUCAUUGUUUGAAGCACAUGGCUAUUAUACAUUUGCCAGGGAUGUACGAUCUGAAAGUGGUCUGGUUGAUGAUGAACACACCUUAAUUCACAUUUGCUGCCCAUGGCUACCACAAUACUUGAAGACUGAAUAUUAUGAGGCAAGGAGUGGACUGGAGAUUCUUUUGGACCCACUAACAGUUCGUUGGGAAAGUUUCAUCGAGAGAAUUUCUAAAAUAAUAAUGAUUAGAGAAGAGGCUGCUAUAGUGAUUCGUGUCUUCAAGGCUGAUGUUUUGGAACAUGAUGUGAAGAUUCCUAAAUCGGUGUGUAAGUCAUAUCAGAAGUUCAGAAAAGUGAUAUACUUUUGUCACACUAGCUACGAAAAACGAGACCCUGAAGAUUUGAGCCCAGUUUAUUAUCCAUGGCCUGGUGCUCAACUUGAAUACUAUAAUGGACUAGAAGAGCACCUGAUCAUGCCCGAAGAAGGAGAAGAAGAAGAAGAAGAAGAAGAAGAAGAAGAAGAAGAAGGAGAAGAGCAAGAGGAGGAAGAGGAGGAUAAUGGUGGAGAAAUUGUUGAUGAUGGCGAAGGCGAGGACAAUGAAAUCAUUCAAGAAGAUGUGGAAGGUGAUGUCAUGGGUGAGGAUACUCCAUGGACCAGGUUCAUGAUGGCUCUCUCUUGUGUUCACAUCAAUAUACUUGAUUGAGAAGCUCAGGUGUAUGAUGUGUUUCUGUUGUUUGAUUGCCGAUGAAGGUGGCAUAUUAGACUUAAAUUCUUGGAGGUCAUACUCUCCUCCAUUAUGCUUCAGGAAGUACUAUCUAAUGGACUAGAUUCAUAGUUGUUUUCACUAUUCUAUGGAAACAUAGUAGUUUUGUUUUUCUUCUUGGCUGUAAGAAUAUCUUUGUUAUAGGUAGAUAAUUCUCCUCACCACUUGUUGAUCUCUAAAAUGUCUAGUUUGUAUCAACCAUCAUGAAUAUGAGGUUGGGGAAAAGAUUACAUUACAAUUGUGAGUUGUCUGUGCUUUCAGCCUGUCAUUUUUUCUUCUUAUGUCGACAAGAUUUGCCUGACUUUUAAUUUGAUCGUUCACU